AUGUUUUACUUUCCAAUUACUCCAAGGCUAAAGAGGUUGUAUGCUUCGAAAGCCACGGCAGGGCAUAUGACAUGGCAGGCAGAACAUGAAAUGGAAGACGGCAAGAUGUGUCAUCUGUCUGAUUCUCCAGAUUGGAAACGGAUGAGUUCAUGGCCAGUAAUUGUGAUGUCGUACAAUCUGCCUCCGGGUAUGUGCAUGAAGGAUGAGUUCAUGUUUCUGACGAUACUUGUCCCAGGUCCCCGAAAUCCAAAAAACACAACGGACAUUUUUCUACAGCCGUUGAUAGCAGAGUUGAACCAAUUGUGGGAAUCUGGAAUCCGUACCUAUGAUAUUCACAAGCGUCAGAACUUUCAGAUGAAAGCGGCGCUUAUGUGGACAAUAAAUGAUUUUCCCGUUUAUUCAAUGAUGUCCGGUUGGAGCACAUCAGGCAGACUGGCAUGUCCGCAUUUCAUGGAAGAUACUGAUGCAUUCACGCUUAACAAGAAUGGAAAACAAUCGUGGUUUGAUUGCCAUAGAACGUUCUUACCUCCAGGCCACCGUUUCCAUCGAAAUGUCACUGGUUUUCAAAAAGGCAAGCAAGUAAAAAAGCAGUUUAGCGGAGUCAAAACCGGAGAAGAACUAUUGGCAGAGGUAGAGCACCUGGGGUUCAGGAGGGCAUACGAGCCCGAUGCUGAAGCUAUUAAUUCGGAACUAUCAAAAAAUUGUGGUUGGAAAAGAAAACGUAUAUUUUGGGAUUUACCGUAUUGGAAGACAAAUGUGAUCCGGCAUAAUCUGGAUGUCAUGCAUAUUGAGAAAAAUGUUUUCGACAACGUCUUUAAUACCGUGAUGAAUGUCCCCGGUAAAACUAAAGACCAUGCCAAAUCUAGGACAGAGUUAAAUGAUAUUUGUGAUCAUCCACAACUAGCACAAGACCCCAACACCGGUAGGUAUCCGAAGACUUUGUAUGCUUUGGAAAAGGAAUCAAAAAAAUUAUUGCUUGAAUGGUCACGCCAUGUGUUUAUGCAACGUCUCCUACCAAUUGCUCUACGAGAGCUGCUUCCGAAAGAGAUAUGGGAGACUAUUACAGAGCUGAGUAUCUUCUUCAAGGAGUUAACUGCCGCAUUGCUUAAGGGGGAAGAUUUAGAACGUAUGGAAGAAGAAAUCCCGAAGAUACUUUGCAAGUUGGAACGCAUAUUUCCGCCCAGCUUUUUGGAUUCAAUGGAACAUCUCCCUGUACACCUGCCUUACGAAGCUAAAAUGGCUGGACCAGUUCAGUAUCGGUGGAUGUAUCCCUUCGAAAGAUAUCUGAGGAAAUUGAAAAAGAAGGUAACCAAUAAGGGUAGGGUAGAAGGCAGCAUUAGCAGUGGAUAUCUAAUGGAGGAAACAGCUAAAUUUGCAUCUUUUUAUUUUACGGAUGGCGAUCCUACGCUACCCUGUCGGAUGCAAAGAAAUGAGGUAUUCGAUACUGAGAUGGACGAUGAUGUUGACCGACUUUCCAUUUUCAUACCGAAUGGGGAACCCGUAGGCGCCUGCCGGAAAAGAUAUCUAGACGAAUCUGAAUUUGUCGCCGCUGGGAGUUACGUCCUAUUGAAUUGUGCAGAAAUCGAACCGUAUAGAGAUGUGUUCAAAGACGAAUUGCAUGCAAUCAACCCUGCAAUAACGCCGACUGAAGUUGAAGGGAAGUUAGAAAAGGAAUUUGCCUCCUGGUUUGAACGUCAUGUGAAUGAUCCAGCUAUAUGUACGAAUCCCUAUAUUUUAAGUCUCGCUAAAGGACCGCUUAGAUCCGUCAGAACAUAUAAGGGAUAUCGUAUAAACGGGUUCAAAUUCAAUACUCAGGAUUAUGGCGCGGAUCGAGUUACAAUAAAUAGUGGGGUUUGUGUGAAAGGGUAUCUCUUCGGCCCGGCCGUAUGCGACUUCUAUGGAGUGCUGAUUUACAUUAUUGAGAUAGAGUAUCCAGCGCUACCAACUAAAAGGACUGUCCUAUUUAAAUGUGAUUGGUUCGAUCCAACUCCAAAUGUCGGUAUAUUAGUGCAUCGUCUAUACAACAUGGUGGAGGUUAAUCACAGAAGAAGGUAUAACAAGUACGAACCUUUCAUUUUGGCGAAACAAUCCGGUCAAGUACACUACAUGUCAUACCCAAGCAAAAGACGGGAUAAAAAGGGUUGGCGGGCAGUUUGCAGGAUUAAGGCACGAUCUGAGCUUGACAUGUCAGAGUCUGUUGUUCCAGCUUUCCAGGAUGACAAUCCAGAACAUCCCUUGAAUGUGGAAAUAACUGAUGAUCUGACAGAUUUUGUGGAUCCGAACGGGGAAGCGGAUGAAGAUGCAUUGCAAAUUCCGCCCAUAGCAGAGACAACUGAUGAUUUUCUACCGUCUUCGUCAGAUGAGGACGACGAUGAGUUGUAG